CCAGAUAAAAAGCUUUGUGAACUCAACGUGUUGUGUGGCUGUAGCCAAAAUCAUGACAACGCGCAUAGAAAGCCUUCUUCAAGGCCCCUUUGAGUCGCGGCUGCCUCUGCCUCUUCAUUUGUGGCCAACAGAUGUUGCCCAAAACUGCAAUACUAAAACACACUCUCUCCCAAGCAGCCCAGAGCCUUGGCUUCUACCAGGCUGCAGUUCAGUGUUUGACAGUCUUGUCAGCUGCUCUAAAACCCCACAGUCAGCUUCACAAAAUGAAGAAAAGACUUCUGCUGUUCAGAAGCCUCGCAGGUCAUCCAUUCUUGAGCGGUGCAUCCUGAAGAUGUCUACAGCUAGUGUUGCUGUUGGAACUGAAGACCUCGAUGGGAUCAAGAGGUCACCGUCAGGACGACAGUGGUGCCCCCACAAUGCUGACCCUUCACAAUUUGAGAUUAAUGAGGCAGUUUUGAAGCGAAGACAAAAACAAAUUCAGUAUGGGAAGAACACGUGUGGCUACCAGAACUAUGUCCAGCAGGUUCCAAAGCGUCUCCGUGUGCCUGGGAUUCACCCUUCUACUCCAAACAAAUAUCGCAAAUACAGCCGUAGAUCUUGGGACAUGCAAGUCCGCCUCUGGCGGAGAGCGCUUCAUGCUUGGGACCUGCCAUCUGCUUCCCAGAAAGACCCGGGGGGACAAGGCCCUGUUGUUCAAUUGCAGAGCUUGCUUAAGAAUACAGAGCUGUGGGACAGUGGUGAAAAGGAGGGCUCAAAGUGGGAUAUGGCACUAGAUACCAUGUCGUCCAUUACUUCACAACCUUCUGAUUUGUCAACUGAUGGUCUUUGGCUGUAUUCUUAUGCUACUCAGGUUGGAGUCCCAUGUAACCAGGGCCAAACCUCUCCGCCUGGACUGGGCUACACCUUUAGCAGUCACCUAACGGCGCAGGAGAACGUCCUAGGAUGGUUGCGAUUUCUUCUUGAGACUGACCACAACCAAACCCAGGCACCUUUGCUGCAUGAAGAGCCUUUCUGGAGAUUUAUGUAGUGUCUCGUCAAAUCAUGCGAAUGGUCUGCACAGAUCAGGUGCAAAUCUUGUUCUCCAGCAGUGUUUGAAUUGGAUCACGGUCUACUAGUUUAGUAUGCCAUGCACUUGUUUCAUAAUCAAGACAAGAGAAUGGUUCAAUAUUGUACACUUUCAAGUACCUGCUACUUUGUUCCUCACUUUGAUUUUCUUUCAUCUUUUUCCCCCUUUUCAAAAGCACAGGUUCUGUUCCUUUUUGUUCUGUGUUCUUGACACCCUUUCCCUCCUGUUUGUCACGUCACUGUUUUUCUAAAAACAGGAAGUUCAGAAGUUAUAUUUAUUUUUGUGUGGACCUAUAGGAAUGGGAAAAUAAUAAAAUACUUGACUCUGCAUGUCAUUAAA